GGAAGUAGGACGCAUUGUGGUAGGAGAAAGGCGAUAGAACAGGCAGGUUGAAGCUUGUCGUUUGUAUUGUAGAAAGAGCAGAAAAUUAAAAAAAACAAGAAGACAUGAGCGACAACGAGAAGGAUUUUGUUGAGCGGGAUUCCCGCUCUGCCUCCCGGAGUGUGAGUCCGCGGCUGUCGGUCAAGUCUGCCAGCCGCUCCCCAGCUCAGUCUCCAGCUCGCUCUCACUCCAAGGAUGGGUCCCAGCACUCCAAGUCUAAGUCUCGCUCACGAUCACGGUCCAAGUCCAGGUCUAGAUCUCAUCGCAGUUCCCGGAGGCGCUACACUCACUCGCGCUCUCGCUCGCGUUCCCAUCGUCGAAGGUCCAGGAGCAGGUCGUACAGUGGGGACUAUCGGCGAAGACGUAGCCAUAGCCAUUCGCCCAUGUCAAACCGCAGGCGCCAUAUUGGAAACAGGGCAAAUCCUGACCCAAACAACUGCCUUGGGGUUUUUGGUCUCAGUCUUUACACCACUGAGCGAGAUCUACGGGAGGUUUUCUCCAAAUAUGGGCCACUCUCAGAUGUCAACAUAGUUUAUGAUCAGCAAUCUCGACGUUCCAGAGGAUUUGCUUUUGUGUACUUUGAGAAUAAGGAAGACUCUAAAGAAGCUAAGGAGCGAGCAAAUGGAAUGGAACUUGAUGGACGCAGAAUCAGAGUUGACUUCUCAAUAACAAAAAGGCCUCACACACCCACCCCUGGAAUCUACAUGGGGAGGCCAACCUAUGGCGGCGGUGGCGGCGGCGGCGGCGGUGGCAGUGGUGGUGGCAGCGGUGGCGGCGGCGGCGGUGGCUCUCGGCGAUCUCGAGAUUACUAUGACAGAGGAUACGAUCGAGGUUAUGAUCGCUAUGAUGACCGGGACUAUUACAGGUCUUACAGACGCAGGUCCCCAUCUCCAUACUACAGCCGUGGACCAUACAGGUCUCGAUCCCGAUCACGCUCUUACUCUCCACGUCACUACUAAUGGGCUUGAUGUGGACUACCUUCAAUGAAGAUUUUUUUUUUUGUUGGGAGGGGAAAAGGGUUGCCAGCUGUUUGUAAAUUAAUGGGCAGUCAGUGAAAGUAAAAUUUUAAGUCAGUUUCUAAGUUUUAAAUGUCCCUGAAUCUGUAUCAAAUGUGCUGUUUUUAUAUUGUUGCACUCCUUUUUGCAGUCAGUGUGAAUAUCCUAAAAUUACACUGCUUGUUCUUUUACUAUAUAUAGAUGACUAAUUUCUGUCCAGUGUUCAACAGUAUAUUUAAUAGGUUUAUCAAGAGACUGAUUUUCACCAACACAGGCAUGUUUAACAGUGGAACAGACAUUAGUGAAAUAUUUUCUGAACUUUUUCACCUUAACUAAUGUACAUACUCCACAUCUGUCAUAAUAAAAUUGAAUGCAUGGUCAAAAACUAAAGGA